AUGCCCCAUGUGGAGAAUCCCAUCUGCCAGCACCUUCCGCAGCGGCCCUCGGGGCAGUGCUGGUGCUGUCCAGGCAGGCUGGUGGCACCGGAGCCGUGCCCUGGAGAAGGUGGCACCAUCUGGCACUGCCCCAGGGAUGUGGGGGCAGUUUGGCUGUGCAGGUGCUGCAAUGCCGCUGGCAAUGCGAGCGCCAAGCCCUCCUGGAGAGCUGCUGAAGGGCUGCUUCAGCCUCAUCCCCUGCAGGCUCUGCUAAUAAAGGAGUUGAUUUGGACCGUGCUGCUCUGUGCCUCCUUUGUGUUCAGGGCAGCCCCAGCUGGGGGUGACUGGAGCUCUGUGUGGGGCAGACAGGCAGGGGACAGCGGGGUGGCCCUGGGGGAGGGCGUGUGGCAGCAGAGGCUCUGCUCCUUUCAGAGUCUCUGCUCCAGGAGCAGCUUCACUGUCUGCAGGGACAGCAGAGAGGGCAGGAAGCCCCAAACCACAACAACAUCCAGGGAAACCAGUGGGAGUGGCAGGUGCCAAGGGAGGCAGCGCUGGGAACCAAGCCUGGCCUGUCACUCGCACGGAGGGCUCGGAAGGUUGAUCCAGCGAGGUUUUGUGCUCUGGAGCUGCUCAGCUGGGAACCUGCGGGACAAAAGGGGAACGGGCCCAAACUCUGCCAAGCCCAGCCCUGGCCAAGCAGACCCGGAGCCAGUGACAGGAGCCAGAGCUGGGCUGGGUGAGCGUGUGCUGCAAGGGCUGAGUGCCAGGGCCUGGGGACAGCUGGGCUGGGAGGGGAUUUGGGCCGGUUCCUGGAGGCGGACUGGGAGUGGAGGUGCCCCUGGCCAUGGUGUCACCUCCUGCGCUGAGUGGGGAAUGUCCCAGUGCAGCUGCUGGAGUGAGUGGGGGGGAUCCAGUGCCACAACUGGGCUGACUGGGAGGGACCCAGUGCAGCAAGUGGGGGUGGCCUCAGGCCUGGGCUGGGUUCAGGGUCCCUCACCUGCUACUCUCACCUGUGCCAGCUCCCUCUCCAGUACAGCCAGAUGGCUCUCUGCACCUUGCCCAGUCUCUGCCAGGACUCCUUGGCCAAAGUCUCCCUCAGUGGGAUCAUCUGGCAUCUCCUAAAUUGCAGGCCCUGCUGUGGGGAGGAGCACAAACAGCUUAAAGGUCUUUCCCAACCUCAAGCAUUCAUGGAUUCUGUGCCUU